CACCGUAACGAUUGAGGGGAGGAGUAUGGCGAGUGGAGACACUCGUCCGUCAACGCCAACCUCCAAAUAUGACAAUUGCAUUUUGGAAGUUCUUCUUCUUCCACAAUACUCAACAACAGUCGUUUAUUCCCUUUCUCUCUCACACAGUUUCACCCCAAAACGCACUCUGGCGUCUACAUUGAAAUCAUCUGCUCCCAAUUGUGUGAUUAGUUGCAGAGUAGGGAUUUAGGUUCUUCUGAUGGAGGAACGAAAAAAGGAGAAGAAGAUGACUAGUAGUUCAGGGAGGCAACUGAAGGCCAUGCUUCGGAAGAAUUGGCUUCUCAAAAUUCGUCAUCCGUAUAUCACACUUGCCGAGAUUCUACUUCCUUUGGUGGUGAUGCUGAUGCUAAUAGCCGUAAGGACACAAGUUGAUACAACAAUCCAUCCUGCUCAAUCGUACAUUCAGAAAGAUACAUUUGUGGAAGUUGGGAAGAGCAGUAUAUCCCCAACUUUUGAUCAAGUUUUGGAAUCAUUGUUGGCCAAUGGUGAAUAUCUGGCUUUUGCACCUAACACGAGUGAUACAAGGAUGAUGAUUAACAUUUUGUCAUAUAAAUUUCCCUUAAUGCAGCUGGUUACCAAAAUAUAUGAAGAUGAAUUAGAGAUCGAGACCUAUUUAAAGUCAGAUCUCUAUGCUGCUUGCAGUGAAGUAAAGAACUGUUCAAAUCCAAAAAUCAGAGGAGCAAUAGUGUUUCAUGGUCAAGGUCCUUAUUUAUAUGAUUAUAGCAUUCGGCUCAACCACACAUGGGCUUUUUCAGGAUUUCCAGAUAUUAAAAGCAUCAUGGAUAUAAAUGGUCCUUAUGUCAAUGACUUGGAAUUAGGCCUCAAUCAGAUACCAAUUCUGCAGUAUGGUUACAGCGGGUUUCUAACUCUCCAACAAGUCAUGGAUUCAUUUAUUAUUUUUUAUGCACAACGAAAGGUGGCUAAUGUAGCAAGUGAAGAUACCAUGGACAACAGUAAGUUGCUGUUGUCCAAAUAUAUUGUGCCUAACUCACUCAAGAUACCAUGGAGUCAAUUCACACCAGCAACCAUAAGGCUAGCUCCAUUUCCAACUCGUGAAUAUACUGAUGAUGAGUUCCAGUCCAUUAUCAAAGAUGUCAUGGGAGUCCUGUACUUAUUGGGGUUUCUUUUUCCAAUCUCUCGCCUAAUCAGCUAUUCAGUUUUUGAGAAGGAGCAGAAAAUAAAGGAAGGGCUCUACAUGAUGGGACUGAAGGAUGAGAUAUUCCAUCUUUCUUGGUUUAUUACAUAUGCUUUGCAGUUUGCAAUUUCAUCAGGAAUCAUUACUGUCUGUACAAUGGGCACGUUGUUUAAGUACAGUGAUAAGUCAUUGGUAUUCAUGUAUUUCUUUGUGUUUGGACUGAGUGCAAUAAUGCUAUCCUUCCUGAUCUCUACUUUCUUCACACGAGCAAAAUCAGCUGUGGCAGUUGGAACUCUUGCUUUCCUUGGAGCCUUCUUUCCUUACUAUACAGUCAAUGACGAAGCUGUUUCAAUGGUUUUAAAGAUAUUGGCUUCUUUGCUUUCACCUACAGCAUUUGCUUUAGGGUCAGUCAAUUUUGCUGAUUAUGAGCGUGCACACGUUGGACUCCGUUGGAGCAACAUUUGGAGGGCAUCUUCUGGAGUGUGCUUUCUAAUCUGUCUCGUAAUGAUGGUGUUCGAUUCUUUAUUGUACUUUGCAAUUGGCCUCUAUCUGGAUAAGGUUCUUCAUAAGGAGAAUGGAGUGGUGUACCCAUGGAACUUCAUCUUCCCAAAAGGCUUUUGGAGAAAGAGAAAUACAAGUAAACAAUAUGGUUCCGGUUUAGACGUUAACAAUGAUAAUAAAGAGAAGGGCACUUCUUCUCGGUCAACAAUGGAAGCGAUAAACUUAGAAAUGAAGCAGCAAGAGUUGGAUGGCAGAUGCAUCCAAAUUAGGAAUCUGCACAAGGUGUAUAAUAGCAACAAGGGGAAGUGUUGUGCUGUUGAUUCUUUACAGCUUACAUUAUAUGAAAACCAAAUACUUGCACUUCUAGGACACAAUGGUGCUGGAAAGAGCACAACAAUUUCCAUACUUGUUGGCCUUCUUGCUCCUACUUCUGGGGAUGCCUUGAUUUUUGGAAAAAGUAUCUUAACAGACAUGGAUGACAUAAGAAAGAAUUUAGGUGUUUGCCCACAAUAUGACAUUCUCUUCCCAGAAUUGACGGUGAAGGAACAUUUGGAAAUCUUUGCUAAUAUAAAGGGAGUAAGCGAGGAAUCUUUGGAGAGCAGUGUGACUGAAAUGGUUGAUGAGGUGGGAUUGGCAGAUAAACUUAAUACUUCUGUAAGUUCUCUUUCUGGAGGCAUGAAAAGGAAGUUGUCCCUUGGCAUAGCUUUGAUUGGAGACAGCAAGGUUGUUAUUCUUGAUGAACCAACUAGUGGAAUGGAUCCAUAUUCAAUGCGAUUGACAUGGCAGCUUAUUAAAAAAAUCAAGAAAGGCAGGAUUAUACUACUAACAACACACUCGAUGGAUGAAGCAGAUGUACUUGGAGACCGAAUAGCUAUUAUGGCAAAUGGUUCUUUGAAAUGCUGCGGAAGUUCCCUCUUCUUGAAGCACCAGUAUGGGGUUGGCUAUACUCUUACUUUGGUGAAGACUUCACCUGGGGCCUCCACAGCUGCUGAUAUUGUCUACAGACAUAUUCCAUCAGCAACAUGCGUGAGCGAAGUUGGCACUGAGGUUUCCUUCAAGCUUCCUCUAGUAACCUCUGCUUCAUUCGAACACAUGUUUAGAGAAAUUGAAAGCUGCAUAUCAAAAAGCUCGGAGCAUGAAAACCAAACAGAUUUUGGUAUCGAGAGUUAUGGAAUAUCUGUGACAACCUUAGAGGAGGUUUUCUUGAGAGUUGCAGGAUGUGACAUCAGCGAAGAAGAGGAGUGCCUUGAGGGAAAUACUCUAGUUAUGCCUGAUUCCAUUCCUUCUCAACCCUGUGAUGAUUAUGUUGAAGUUGAAGAUAAAAGAUCACAUUCCAAAUUUUUUGGCAAUUAUAUAAUGAUCUUAGGGCUAAUGCUCUCUGGAGUUGGGAGAGCCUGUACUCUUUUCAUCACUGCAGCCUUGAGUUUUUUAAAGCUUGUUACUGUGCCAUGCUGUUGCCCUUCUGCCAUUACAAGAUCAACAUUCUGGAAACAUUCCAAAGCAUUGCUCAUAAAGAGAAGGAUAUCUGCUCGAAGAGACCGAAAGACAAUUGUUUUUCAGCUCUUAAUCCCUGCUAUCUUCUUGUUUAUUGGUCUUCUCCUCCUUGAACUAAAGCCACAUCCUGAUCAACCCUCCAUAACCUUCACAACUUCCAACUUUAAUCCACUACUUAGUGGUGAAGGUGGUGGUGGUCCCAUUCCUUUUGAUCUAUCAUUGCCUAUUGCUAAACAGGUUUCACACUAUAUAGAAGGGGGUUGGAUUCAAAAGUUUCAAGAAAGCACAUACACAUUUCCUGAUCCUAGUAAGGUAUUACAAGAUGCUAUUGAGGCAGCAGGGCCUACUUUGGGGCCAAAACUGCUUUCCAUGAGUGAAUACUUGAUGUCCAGCUUCAAUGAAUCUUAUGAGUCAAGAUAUGGGGCCAUUGUGAUGGAUCCUCAGAAUGAUGAUGGUAGUAUAGGGUAUUCGGUUCUUCACAACAGCACUUGUCAGCAUGCUGCUCCAACCUUUAUCAAUUUAAUGAAUGCUGCUAUUCUUAGGCUUGCUACACAUAAUGAGAAUAUGACCAUACAAACACGUAAUCAUCCACUUCCAAUGACAGAAAGUCAACGCCUGCAACGUCAAGACUUGGAUGCAUUCUCUGCAGCUAUUGUUGUGAGUAUUGCCUUCUCUUUCAUUCCUGCUUCGUUUGCUGUCGCUAUUGUGAAGGAGCGUGAAGUAAAAGCAAAACAUCAACAACUGAUUAGUGGGGUAUCUAUAUUGUCGUAUUGGGUGUCAACAUAUAUAUGGGACUUCAUAAGUUUCUUAGUCCCUUCCUCAUUUGCAAUGCUUCUCUUUUACAUCUUUGGCUUAGAACAGUUCAUUGGCAGUGGUGCUGUAUUCCCUACAGUCCUCAUUCUGUUGGAAUAUGGUUUUGCAACUGCAUCUUCAACAUAUUGCCUAACCUUUUUCUUUUCAGAACACAGUAUGGCACAGAACGUAGUACUGUUGGUCCAUUUUUUCACGGGGAUUGUUCUUAUGGUCAUAUCGUUCAUUAUGGGAUUAAUACCAGCAACUCAAGACAUGAAUUCUGUUCUCAAGAAUUUCUUCAGAUUGUCUCCAGGAUUUUGCUUUGCUGAUGGACUAGCUUCACUAGCUCUGUUACGCCAAGGAAUGAAAAUCGGGUCAAGUGAGGGAUAUUUUGGGUGGAAUGUCACCGGUGGAUCUAUUUGUUAUCUGGCCGCUGAGGGUGUCAUUUAUUUCCUUCUAACACUUGGGCUCGAAUAUUUCCCUCCCCACGAAUUCAAUGUAUUUGGGAUAAAGGACUUGAUAAGAAGUUUCAGAAGAAGCAGUCCCACUGAUGAAUUUUGUGAACCCCUUCUGAGAUCUUCCACAGAAAGUUUAGCUAUUGAUCUUGAAGAAGAUAUAGAUGUCCAAACCGAAAGAAAUAGGGUUCUUUCUGGUUCCAUUGAUAAAGCUAUCAUCUACCUGCGUAAUCUGCGCAAGGUAUUCCCUGGAGGGAGGAAUCAGGGUAAGAAAGUUGCGGUCAAUUCAUUGACUUUCUCAGUUCAAGAAGGUGAAUGUUUUGGUUUUUUGGGGACAAAUGGAGCUGGGAAGACCACUACUUUGUCUAUGCUAUCAGGAGAAUUAUAUCCAAGUGAUGGAACUGCAUUCAUUUUCGGUCAAGAUAUGCGAUUAAACCCCAAAGCUGCUCGCCAACUUAUUGGGUAUUGUCCACAAUUUGAUGCACUUUUAGAAUUUCUGACUGUCCAAGAACACCUUGAGCUCUAUGCAAGAAUCAAAGGUGUCCCAGAGUACAUGCUUGAAAAUGUUGUGAUGGAUAAGUUAUUAGAGUUUGACUUGUUAAGGCAUGCUUCGAAACAAUCAUUCACCUUAAGUGGGGGUAACAAACGCAAGUUAUCUGUUGCAAUUGCAAUGAUUGGAGAUCCUCCUAUUGUGUUCUUAGAUGAGCCUUCUACAGGAAUGGAUCCUAUAGCAAAACGGUUUAUGUGGGAAGUUAUAUCUCGUCUAUCAACCAGAAGCGGAAAAACAGCAGUUAUUUUAACUACUCACAGCAUGAAUGAAGCUCAAGCACUCUGCACAAGAAUUGGAAUCAUGGUUGGAGGAAAGCUAAGGUGUAUUGGCAGUCCACAGCAUCUAAAAACACGAUUUGGAAACCAUCUGGAACUUGAGGUGAAGCCAACUGAAGUAAAGUCAGGGGACUUGGAAAAUCUUUGUCAAAUGAUUCAAGAAAGGCUGUUUGACGUUCCUUUACAUCCGAGGGGCAUAUUUGGUGAUCUUGAAGUUUGUAUUAGAGGAGAUGACUCCAUAACGUCAGAAGAUGCUUCGGCCACUGAGAUUAGUUUGUCAAAAGAGAUGAUAAUCUUGAUUGGACGGUGGCUUGGAAAUGAAGAGAGGAUAAGAAGUCUUACAGAUAACGUUGUCGGCUCUGGUACUGCUUUCAACGAACAGUUACCCGAGCAAUUAGCCCGUGAUGGUGGUCUCCCGCUACCAAUAUUCUCAGAAUGGUGGUUAGCAAAAGAGAAAUUCUCAAUGAUAGAUUCCUUUGUUUUAGCUUCAUUUCCUGGUGCUACAUCUCAGGGUUCCAAUGGAUUGAGUGUUAAAUAUCAGUUGCCACGUGGAGAAGACUUCUCACUUGCAGAUGUUUUUGGUCUGAUAGAGCGAAAUAGAAACCGACUAGGGAUUGCAGAGUAUAGCAUCAGCCAAUCAACACUUGAAACCAUCUUCAGUCAUUUUGCAGCAGCGAAUUCUUGAUGAUGAUGAUGACGAUGAACUCAUCUUUUUUCACCCGAUUAAGAUAGCGAGUUAUUAGUUGAUAAUAGCAUAGUUGGACAUAAAAUGUAAGUAAAUCAUAUUAUAAUUUCCUUGGAAAAUACAGUCUGGCUGUUUCUCAA